AUAUCAUUAAAAUGCGUCAUAUUUAUUAUCAUUGUUAAGGAGAGGGCGCUGUAAGGAGAAGGAACUUUCCUGCCGGACGCCGGUUUCCCCGUACGAUGGUCGGACCGAGGUGCGUGCGUAGCCACGUAGCGCGUCAGGUGUUGCUAGGCAACGGCGCCGGGAGCGGGGACUGCGGCGACGGCGGCUUCUGUCAUGGCGGCCCCCAUCCGACUUCGGUUUGGCGCAGGGGCAGCCGGCGCGCUCUGGCGGCGCCUCUGGUCCUCACAAGCUCGGGAUCCCGCAGGGCCGCCGCCGCCAUCUGAGGUGGUGGAUGUGGCGGCGCUGCUGAAUGACGCCUCGGUGGGCUCGAGCCCGAAGCACAGGGAUCGCUCUCGGCCGAACCCCCAGGCCACCUCAGUGCUGCUCUUCCCGGGCCAGGGCAGCCAGGUCGUGGGCAUGGGGCGCGCGCUUCUGCAAUACCCGGGCGUGCGUACGCUCUACGACGUCGCCGGGCGCGCGCUGGGCUAUGACCUGCUGGAACUGAGCCUACAAGGGCCGAGCAAGGAGCUGGAGCGCACAGUCCGCUGUCAGCCUGCGCUCUAUGUGGUCUCGCUUGCCGCGCUGGAAGCGCUCCGACACCAGCGGCCCGAGGUUAUUGAGACUUGUGUUGCUGCAGCUGGAUUCAGUGUGGGAGAGUUUGCAGCCCUUGUGUUUGCUGGUGCCUUAGAAUUUGAAGAAGGAUUGCAUGUAGUCAAGGUCCGUGCAGAGGCCAUGGAGGAAGCAGCAGCAGCAAUACCCAGUGGGAUGCUGUCUGUGCUCGGUCGGCCUCAGUCCCAGUACAAGGUGGCGUGUCUGGAUGCACAAGAGCACUGCCGGACCCUGGGCAUCAAGCAGCCCGUGUGUGAGGUGGCCAACUACCUAUUUCCUGACUGCAGAGUGAUUUCUGGACACCUACAAGCUCUGCAGUUCCUCCAGAAGAAUUCCUCCAAGUAUCACUUCAAGAGAGUCAGGAUGCUGCCAGUCAGCGGAGGGUUCCACACGUGCCUCAUGGAACCUGCCCUGGAACCGCUGGCACAAGUCUUAAAGAAAAUUGACAUAAAGAGGCCCUUGGUCUCUGUCCAUUCCAAUGUGGAUGGCAAUAAGUACAUGCAUGCCAAGCACAUCCGGCAACUGCUGGUGAAGCAGGUUGUGUCCCCUGUGAAGUGGGAGCAGACCAUGCAUGCCAUCUACGAGCGCAGGAAAGGCAUAGAGUUCCCACAGACCAUCGAGGUGGGACCUGGGAGGCAACUAGGGGCCAUUCUGAAGAACUGUAACCUUAAGGCUUGGAAGACCUACAGCCACGUGACCGUGAUGGAGGAAGACAAAGAGGAGGAGAAGGCCCCAGAGGUCUAGCUCAGGCUGCUCUGUCAUUAGCUGGAUUGGAUUGGAGGGUGCUGACCCCUGGGAACCCCUUUGGAGUCCUCGCAACGGUCUUGUCAGAGGGAGCCUCCCUCCCCGGGCUGCUCCCUGGAUCGGCUUGGGGCUGGCCAGGCUGAGGGCUGUAAAAUAGAAAGUUCUUGGCACUGUCA